CAGCCUGUUGCAAGGGACUGUUUCUACGUUAUGUAUAUCUUUGUAGCACUAGGAAGCGUAUCUUUGUUGUAUUGUUAUCUGGCUUGAUAACGCUUUUAAAGAUAGGCAACCACACUUUGCUGGAGUAACUGAUCUGGGUGUGUUUAGUAGUUAUCGUUCAUUGGAAUAAAUUGCGCCAUAUGUUUGGUAUGAACCCAAAUUUGGCUUAUUUCUUCUGUUUCAUAUUGUGUGCUUAGGAAAAACACACAGGGAACUAACCGGAAAGUCCCUCGGAUCAUGACGUAGAGUUUAACUAUACGUACAGUGCGGAAGGAUUUGUACAUUGUGAUAAGUCGUUGUGCUUUGCAUCUGCAACGCACUUCAAGACCAACCAACCUAGACAGGAAGAAUGGGGUCUCCAAGUUUUUCCUCCAUUUUGUCCAUAGUGACGCUUGGCCCCAUCUCUUUAAAAUUUGGUGCAUUUCAACGUUUUGACCAAAAAAGAAAGCAAGAUGCUGGCAUCGAUCCUUCGCAAGAAGGUUCCUCUUGUUCGCAUGGUCGACCCCAUCAUUCCCUCUCCCCAACUGGCUAGCCAAUCAGGGGACGAGAGGGGGGCGGAGUCACCGGAGAGGCAACAUUUAAUUGGUGAUGGUCAGACAGACUGGAUGACUGAAAAAGUUGAUUUGUCUUCGUUUGUGUCGACGACUGAGUCCUCUCCCAGCUCGUCCCUACCGCCCUCACCUCUGGAGCAGGAUGUCAAGGUGCCCUCAGACCUGGAGGUCAUGACCUCUCUGCUGCAGGAGGAGCUGGCCCAACUCGAGGACUAUUUCCGCUCCGAGUCCUCGGCCAACAAACUGGAAAAAUCCUCAAAAUGUGACAGAAGCGCCCAAAAUAUGGGCUCCCAGUCAUACUACCAGCUACCCUACACUUCGUACAGCACCAGCCAAUCAGAAACCAGUCCUGUGGUUGUUACCUUGGCAACAGGGGAACUCGACCUGGCAGGCUUUUGUGGCGGUCCAAUUGCCAGACCUAAAAUGCCGAGACCCGCCCCUUACAGCUACCACCGUUACCACAACAACAGCAGGAGAAUGUCUCCGGAAUCAGUGAAAGUCGGACAGGAAGUGGGGCACGAGCUGUGGAGCUCCAAGGGCAGUUACUCAGGGAGCCCAGAGAGCCACUACCCCACCCUGAAGACGAGCGUGAAGAGCAUCGCUAGUGUGAAGAAGGUCAGAGAAUGUGCUUUAAUGUUGAAAGAGGAGGAAAGUUACUGUUUUUCAGAAGGAAUGUUUUGCAGCGAAGAGAUUGCCCGAGGGUUUUGUCUGGGAGGCUCCUUCGAUAGCCACAAGAGAGAAGGACAGUUGAUGCACGGCAGCGCGAAAGUCGGGGCCGCUUACGAUGCCCCGGGAAUCGAGGUCCUGCACUGCAACAAAGAUGGCGGACUCCCUGGUGCUGGAACGGCUGCCCAGGAGCAGCUUGGCGGCGAGGGCUACUUCCACCAAUCGCUGGCCACCGCAGAGCCUUACCACAGCUUCAUAGCUGAGCUGGAGCAGCCGACUCAGGCACAUGCUGUGGAGCCUGUGCACGCCCACUACCUCUACCCAGAAUGCCUUUCAGACCAAAGCUAUGAAUGUCUGUCCAGAGGGGGAGGGGGGGAAGGGCCUAUGGUGGGGGGUCCCCUCCAGCGCCCCGCCCCCCCCAGGCUAAAGGACGACUCGGUGCUGCUGGCCACGCCCCCUCUGGAGCCCCCGACUGGAGAACGCAGGCAAAAGAAGAGAGACCAGAACAAGACCGCUGCUCACAGGUAUCGGGUGCGUAAACGGGCGGAGCUCGACUGUCUGGAGGAGGAGCUACAUGGUCUGGAGGGGCAGAACCGGGAGCUGAGAGACAAGGCGGAGUCGGUGGAGAGAGAGAUCCAGUACGUCAAGGACCUCCUCAUAGAGGUAUACAAGGCCCGCAGCCAGCGCCUCAAACAGGAUGGCAGUGCCUGAGCAUCCCGUGGCAGCUUGAACCCCGCCAGCACUAGGACCCAGAACUGCCUGGUCGUUCCACUGUCCGACCGGCCACACGAUAGUUGCAUGAUUUCGGUAGUUUUUCUUCAAACGAAUGACAUGACGACCGCUUUACUAUUGCUCCAAGAGGAGGACGAAUCAACACAAACACCUUUCCGGAAUGUGUACCUGGGUGGGCAGAUCCAGUCUCACCAGGGCGAGGAGGGUAACCCUGGACAUGUCCGUUACCACUGUGAUAACCUGACCCAAGCUCCCGGCCUUGUGACCAUGGAGGCUGAGCUUGCUGUGUCUGGCCGUUUACACAAGCUGUCUGGACAGUAGAAGUAGCAGUGAUUGAACAGAGGUUUGCUUGUUGCAUAGUGAUAUGUGGUGGGUGGCGUCAAGGCUGCUACUUGCUAUAUUGUUGGACAUUUUGAUUUCAUUUUGUCAGUUUGAUCGUUUUUGCCUCACCCAGUCUGAGUUUAAUGGAUUGCCAGGGAAAUGUUUUCAAUUUCAAUGCUGUGCAAAUGUUCUUUAUCAUUAUAACCCGAUGCUACCACUUCUCUCUCAAACUGUAUAGUGUUUGUGCCGACUCACAAGGACGAGCCCGAAGUAGCUAAUGCAUGUAUGAUUUUGGAAAAGCAUGUGUGAUUGUUAUUUGAUGAAGGCGAUAUUCCGUUAUCUGCAUGGCUUAACUAACAACCUCCCACAGAGCACAUACUUGAGGGACCUUACAUAGUCUCGUCAACUGCCGACAUCAGACAGAGCUUUAAACCCCUUCUCAUUCUCAGGUUGGGUUUUUGUAUGCGAGGAGGAGAACAAACAUGGCGUCCACUAGCUUUUCCCCUUCCGCUCUAUCUUGGCUGUACUUGCGAACAAACAAUCAUCCGUUGACACGACAUUGAAAUUGUUGUCGAGUAACUGUCUGUGACUUUAUGACAAUCUAAUUCUGAUUUGUUCAAAUUCAGGCCGUAGAGUUCAAUACAUGUUACUGUCAGGAACUGAUCAGGUAAACAACAGCCAAAUAAAGCAAUUGUGUUGUACCCUUAA